AUGGACCUCGGGUUGGACCCGAGCCCCGCCGUUUCUUGUGCCGUAACUAGCAGUGAUGUUGUUGAUGUUGCGUUCCUGAACGAUGGGGUCAGCUUCGUGACGCUCUCCGCCGACGGGGAGACCGGACUGACGCUGUGGGCGCCCGCCGAAUUCGAGCCAUUCAGCCCCGAGAACUCGCUGGCUUUCGUCGACGCCGACUCGUCGGCUCUACUCGUUCUUCCACACGACCUCGUUGCCAUCGGGCUCUCCGACGGCACGUUGGCCGUAGCAGAUGCGUCAAAGACGAGCAAGAUUGACUAUCGAUUCCGGACCAAGAAGCCUCUGACUGCAGAGAUCACCUCGCUUUGCACACUCGGAUCUGAAAGCGGGAAGGCUGUGAGCGGGUCCGCGGAUGGUACGAUCAUGGUAGUGGACUUGGCAAGCGAGACAGCCACUAAGCUUGCGUCGGCUGGCGUUGGGGCAAAAUCGAUGUGUUCGAUCUCGGGCGGGACGAUGAUUUGCGUCGGGCACAUGGCCGGUCGUCUGACGCUUUGGGAUACGCGAGAAAAGUUGAUGAAUGGAGGCAACGCGAGGCCCACGUCGACGAUCCUCCUCGAAUCGAACAGGGACUCUGUGACUUCGAUUUCGGCUCAUCCGGCUCAAGCUAAUAUGUUCGCCUUCUCCACCGAGUCCGGCUCAAUCGGCUUUGUCGACGUCAAGGCUAAUGGUCGUGCUGUCAUAGUCGAGGGCAUCUCUGGCGGCGAAGAGCUCACCGAAAUCACAAAGGUCCAAUUCCAUCCGACACAUGGCGAAAACUUGUUCGUCUCCUCGGUCGACGGCAAGUUGAAGCACUAUGAUGCCAGCCGGGCCCAGGUCUAUUCAUUUGGGGCCACGCUGCCAGUAGCUGAUCGACAAGUCUCGUGGCUUCUCAGCAGCCUACACGACAGCCUGCGGACCACUGAAAUCUUUCCGAAAUCCGGCACCUAUCCGGUCUCCUUCGACGUGCUCGGCAACUCCGUGGUGGCCGCCUACAACACCGGCAUCGUCAAAUGCAUUGACUGCAUCCAACUGUCU